AGUUCCAAUAAUAAGGAACUGAAAGUGCCCUUGAAGCAGUUUUGCUCUUUCCGUUGGAGGAUUUCUUAUGCUAAUCUUUUGUGUGUAAAACCGAACGUAAGGGAGGCGGGAAUGAGGAGGGGGUGGAGAUUAAAACGAGGAACAUCAGCAAGAGAUACCUUCGGGAGUUGUUUGUGCCGCAUUAUCUGAAGGGACGGCAGAGGGAGAGGCACCAAUUCCUCCCAACAGUCUCUGUCUGUUUUGCGUGCGCAUGCACGCACAGUCACACAACCUGCUCUGGCACGUGGAGAGGGCCUCGUGGCGGAAGAACCCACCAAGCAAAGGACAGCAUAGAACAACAGAAAAUGCAGGUGCAACAUGAAUUUGGCCAAUUCUUCCAGUAUGGAAGAAAUUCCUUUGGAGGAUGUGGACAGAACCAGCAUAGAAUACAGAGUGCUUAUGGCUUAUGCCCAGCGCCGACUGUCUGCUAGCAAAUACGGACAACUUUUAGAAAGGGAGGCAAAAGGCAAGGAGGGAUCAUCUCUAGGCAAAGAGGAGAUUAAAGGUAAGGAAGAAGCAUAUCAAGACUUCUCUCCUGAGGAUCAAGAACAGUCUACCAGAGAUAGGAGCCAGAAGAAGAAGAAGAAGAAAUCCAGUUGGAAAUGCUUUCAGUUAUGUUCUUGUCUAAGGACACAAGUUGAAGAAGAGCCUGGGAAGACAUUCGAAAGGGGUGAUACUGUAAAUGGACAUGCACUGAUGUCACUGGAGGGUGUUGGAAGUGAGCCUACCCUUUCAUCAGAGGCGCAAGAUGAUUCAGACAUCAGUCAUGUGGUAGACAGACUUGCUGAAAUAAUUGAUAAUUCCAAGUCUUACCCUGAAAGGAAAGAAUUGAAGGCAUUGGUACGUACCGUGAGCCUGGAAGAAGAUGGUGGAUGGGCCACCAAACCCGUAUGUGAAGAUGAUGGAUUAAAAGAUGGGGAAGAAAAGAUAAUAAAAAAAAUAGUUGCCAUAUUAAGGAAGUCAGGAGAUGAACUGCUGGAAAAGGUGCAAAAAGACAAGACUUGCUUUCAGUGUGUCUCAGAACUGAUGUCAUAUGCAUUCUUCAGUAGAGUUGCAAAUCAGUUCCUAGAGGAAAUACCCAUAGACUGCACAUUAGAAUCUGAGUUGCAAGUCCAGGGCAUCAAAGUUGCUUUUGCUGUGGAAGUAAUAACCAAACUCACUGCUAUAGACAACCAUCCUAUGAACAUCUUACUGGGUUUUGGAACAAAAUAUCUCAAGGAAAACUUCAGCCCUUGGAUCCAUAGCCAAGGUGGAUGGAAAAAAGCUUUAGAAUUACCAGACCAGGAAGAAGUGGAAUGAUGAAAGUCUGCGUUCCUCACAAUAUAUUUGUUAAUUUGGAACCGUUGAUUGGGAUGGAAGACAGCAGAGAGAACAUCUCCCUUAAAGCUUCAAAACACUUUAAAAGGUGUAGGACUAAGGGGUUCAUAAUGGGUGCCUAGAAGGCAGAGAUUUAUGUGCUACAGAUUGUUGCAUUGUUGUAGCAUUUGGAGAGCUCAGGCUCACAGUUGGGAGAAUGACGUGCAACUCUUGCUAAGCUGUACUACUUGAGACCUGGUGGGCAAGAGCAUAUCUGAAUGUUUUCUCAUGUGAAAAUAUCCUUGUAUAUACAAAAACUAGUAUGUCAAUUUAGAGUGUUUUAGCUUAGUCUUCUCCCUGACAUAUGAAUUUCUUUUGUGCAGAGAUUUUUUUUUUUAGGGGAGGAACAUUCAUCAAAUGUGUACAUAUUCUGUCUGCAGUCUGAAGUGGUACAGUCUAGUAAGAACUGCACUGUGUGAUUCUCCUGAUCCAUAUAUAUCAGUUCUGGCUAUUGUAACUUGCUGUAAUAAUAAUUUCUAUGUAUCUAUGGAAAACCCUAAGAACAUUAAACCAUCGCGUAUCUUGCAAUUCUGGGAAUAAAGUUAAGAAAACCAUAUAUUAAACCCUUUUUAAUGUUUAUUUGAAAUGCCCUGAGAGAAUUCUAGUUAGCUGGGGAAACAGAACUCCUAAGCCUACCUCUGCUAAUAAUAGUUAUAUUAUACUUGAAACAAUUGUAAGUGCUGAAAGACUUUAAAUGCUAGGCAGUUUCUAACCAUUUCAUUCUACCAUUAGCUUCAGUUAUGAAAUUAAUAUACUGUGUAAAUCCCUCGUUGAAAUGAGUUAACAGAACUCCAUUUGAAAUGUUAAAAUAUAUACUGCUGGUCCAGCCAAUCAAAAUACCAUUUUGCUGUACCUUGAUUAAUGCGGUAGAUUCUGAUUAGGAUAACGUGUACCAUUUUCUUGGGAGGAAAAACCCCCACUCCUGUGAGGUUUUGUUCUGCCAGUUUACUCAGUGAAGAGGAUGCUAGCAUUAAGUGCCUGGUGAAAAGUUGGCCUAGUAAACCAUAGGCAUUCAAAAGCACCCAUCUAUUUCUCAUUCUCCCCCCCUCCCACCCUCUUGCUGGGCGAGAAUAAGAGGGAUUUUCUAUGGCAGGGGUGAAUACAGAAGAGCUCUAGACAAGUAGGCUGGUUUAUAUUUAAGACCUACUGAGUCACCCACAUUGUGGGUUACUUUUAAAUUAGUCUCUUUCUGAAAAGGAGAUAGAAGCUUUAGCUAACAGCUAAGCAGCAUAUGAGAAAUAUUGACCCUGACAUUCAUCAACCUUAAUAGACAAAGCCCUAUUACUAGCCCGAGCACCAAUUAUUGGUACAAAUGAGCAUGACUAAUAAAACAGAAAAACAAACCACUUACGGUCUUUUGUG